AUCUUAAAAUACCAUGGCCACAGGAGAAUAAAAGCAGAAACAUAAAUAUAAAAGUGGAGCCAGCACUAUUAACUAAAAUACUUUCUCAUUUUAAUUGUUAAUGCAGAUUACUGGAUAACUCACUUUAACCAAUUUAAGAAUAAAAAAAUGAAAACAUUCUUAAUUUUAGAUUAAUUGUAAUUACAUGUUAUUGUGUCUUUUUUUACUAUUUUUAUAAAGCCCAGGCUAAACGCAAACAACCAAACACAACAUAGAGAAUCCAGGUCAAGACAAAAUGACAUUAUAGAUGACAUAAUGUGCCUAAUUGUUUCUGGUAUUAAUAGACAUCAGACCUGCAGAGAAUUCAGAGAUCACAGAAAUUGGGUCUGACUGAGCCUUGCUUAGAUGCCUGUGAUACCGCUCCUUGUACAAGUCAACAUACCAACCCUUUCUUUAUGAACACAUUGCCAACAUACCUAAGGCUUCUGAUGUUGCAACAAUUAUCAGUUCAUCUGUGGCUGAGCCCAACACAUCUAGAACAUGUGUAUUUUGCUCAGUUAAAGCAAUAUUAAAGAAUGGCUGCCUCUGAAUCAAAGUGGAUAAACAAAAAGAAGAUACUGCAUUUGUUUUCCUCUUUCUUCUCUUGUACUCAAGAUAAAAAUAAGCUGAAACAGGAAUCUCAUGAGAUGGGAAUUAUACUUUCUAGAAACAAUAAGGUAUCCAGAGAUGAGAACAAAUCUCUUAGAAAGGAAAACAAGUCUCUUUGGGGAGAAAACAAAGCCCUUCGAGGGGAAAACAAAGCCUUUCGAAUGGACAAUCAGUUAAUCCGAGACAGGAAUCACUUCCUGAGGGAGCAAAACCAAAUACUCUGGAACUUUGAAAGUUUGAUUUUAGAGAGCCAAAAUGCAUCUCGGGAAAAAAUCAGUGCCUUGAACAUAGAAAGGAGCUCUUACUGGCAACAGAAUCGGGCACUAGGUGCUCAGAUCAAGGCUCUCAGGGAACAGGAGAAAGCCUUUGAGAAUGAGGCAAAAGCUCUGGAAGAAGAGAUAAAAUCACUCCAUGAGGAGAUCGAGGCCCUGCAUCACCAGAAAAGAGCAAUCAAAAGGGAGGAACUGGUCCUGAUGAAGAAGGGUGCAGCGCUAGAGAUGGAAGAACAGGCUCUGUGGAAGGAGGAACAGGCCCUUCGCGAGGAGAACAAGGCUCUUAGAGAGGAACACAGCGCUCUGGAAGAGGAGGAAAAAGCCCUACAAGAGGAGGCAAAAAUCCUUGAGAAGUGGAAUAAGAUUCUUCUGGAGAAACACAAUGGAUAGACUUGCUAGAAGAAAGUGCACUGUGAUACAGCAGAGCAGACCUGCAACUGCAGUAUGUAAAUAGAAAACCUGGCAAUCAUUGAUAUUCCAAAAAACAAGGUCCUACAUGCUGAAGGUAAAAUACUUCAGAUGAAGUUAGCAUCAAAAUCCUGUAA